CGCCCGCGGCCCCGGGCUUCCCGCGGCCCGGUGCAGAGCCACCCGCGGCCCCUCAGCUCCGCGGUGAUCCCCCUCCCCGGUUCCCCUCAGCUCCGCGGUGAUCCCCCUCCCCGGUUCCCCUCAGCUCCGCGGUGAUCCCCCUCCCCGGUUCCCCUCAGCUCCGCGGUGAUCCCCCCGCGGUUCCUCUGCGCUCUUCGGUGAUCCCCCUCCCCGGUUCCCCUCAGCUCCCCGGUGAUCUCCCCCGUUCCCCUCAGGACUCCGCUGCCCCCCGACUCUCCGCAGCUCCGUUCCCUUUCAGCUUCCCCGGUGCCCCCGUACUCCCCUCGGUUCCCCGCAGACCCCCCGGUGCCCGCGGUGUCCGGUGCUGCCACCAUGAGCGAGCUGAAGGACUGCCCGCUGCAGUUCCACGACUUCAAGUCGGUGGACCACGCGAAGGUGUGCCCCCGGUACACGGCCGUGCUGGCCCGCUCCGAGGACGACGGGAUCGGCAUCGAGGAGCUGGACACGCUGCAGCUGGAGCUGGAGACGCUGCUCUCGUCCGCCAGCCGCCGCCUCCGCGUCCUGGAGGCUGAGACGCAGAUCCUGACAGACUGGCAGGACAAGAAGGGUGACCGGCGGUUCCUGAAGCUGAGCAAGGACCACGAUGUGGGCGCCUCCGUCAAACACGGGAAGCCCAAGAAGCAGAAGCUGGAGGGGAAAGGGGGCCACGGGACCGGGCCUGGCCCUGGCCGGCCCAAGUCCAAGAACCUGCAGCCCAAGAUCCAGGAAUAUGAGUUUCAGGAUGAUCCCAUUGAUGUGCCACGCAUCCCCAAAAACGACGCUCCAAACAGGUUCUGGGCAUCGGUGGAACCGUACUGCGCUGAUCUCACCAACGAGGAGGUCCGAGUCCUGGAGGAGCUGCUCAAGCCGCCAGAGGAUGAGGCUGAGCAUUACAAGAUCCCUCCCCUGGGGAAGCAUUACUCCCAGCGCUGGGCCCAGGAGGACCUGCUGGAGGAGCAGAAGGAUGGAGCCCGGGCAGCAGCCGCUGCUGACAAGAAGAAAGGCGUCCUGGGGCCGCUGACCGAACUGGACACCAAAGAUGUCGACGCUCUGUUGAAGAAGUCGGAGGCUCAGCACGAGCAGCCAGAGGAUGGGUGUCCCUUCGGGCCCCUGACGCAGCGUCUGCUGCAGGCGCUCGUGGAGGAGAACAUCAUCUCCCCUGUCGAGGACUCCCCCAUCCCUGAAAUCGCCGGCAAGGACUCAGGAGCCGAUGGUGCUGGCACGUCUCCCCGCAGCCAGAACAAGCCCUUCAGCGUCCCCCACACCAAGUCCCUGGAGGGGCGGAUCAAGGAGGAGCUGGUGGCCCAAGGGUUGCUGGAGUCGGAGGACCGGCCAGCUGAGGACUCGGAGGAUGAGGUGCUGGCCGAGCUGCGCAAGAGGCAGGCGGAGCUGAAGGCCCUCAGUGCGCACAACCGUGCCAAGAAGCACGAGCUGCUGCGGCUGGCCAAGGAGGAGCUGCACCGGCAGGAGCUGCGGCAGCGCGUCCGCAUGGCCGACAACGAGGUGAUGGACGCCUUCCGCAAGAUCAUGGCUGCCCGGCAGAAGAAGCGCACGCCCACCAAGAAGGAGAAGGACCAGGCCUGGAAGACCCUGAAGGAGCGGGAGAGCAUCCUCAAGCUGCUGGAUGGGUAGCAGGGGCCGCAGACCCUCACACAUCAUGGACCCUGGCAGCUGGGGGUGGUGGCCAUGCCACUGUCACCCACAGGGCGCUGGCAGGCUUGCACUCUGCCUGUGCCCUGCCUGCAUGGGACAAAGCUGUGCGGCACCCCCACACACCCUGGGCCUGCUCAGCCUCCCUGCCUGGGUGACAGGUCCCAGCUGCUGUCCCCUCGCUGUCCCCUGCCUGCAGGGAGCUGUCACCAAGCCAGGCUGGGGACCCUGUGGGGCUGUGGAGGUCCCUCCUGGGACCAGCCUCCCCCAGCCGGCGGCUUCUGCUCCUGCAUGCCCCGUUAUUUUGGGAGGGUGACAUUAGUCCACCACUGUGGGGGCUGGAUUUGGCAGCUGCUGCGGCGUGGCUCCCAUGGGCCCUUGUCCCUCCCCACAGCCCCAGGGGGGAAUCCCAGCCCCCACAGGUGGGUUGGGGGUGUGGGGAGGGGAAGGAGGUUGGAGAGGGGCACAGCACGGGGGGGCGGGGCGCCAGACUCUCCAUGUACCGGUGUGUUCUGCCACGUGUGUGGUCAAUAAAGGCAGUCCGGUGCA